CCCAGACGAUGGUGAAUGAUGAACGUGCCACACCAUGAAGCUCUUGUGGCAGGUAACUGUGCACCAUCACCACCACCACCACCGCCACCGCCGCUGCCGUGCCUGGAGAGCUGCCCUCGUCUCCUACUUGACGGUGCACGCCUGGAUCCUCUACGUAGCCGUUGCCACCGCCGCCGCCUCCCCUGGAGCCCCCGCUUGCCCCUCGGUUUGCUCCUGCAGUAACCAGUUGAGCAAAGUGGUGUGCACCCGGCGCGGCUUGGCCGAGGUGCCCCCCGGCAUCCCCUCCAACACCCGGUACCUCAACCUGAUGGAGAACAACAUCCAGAUGAUCCAGGCGGACACGUUCCGCCACCUGCAUCACCUGGAGGUCCUGCAGUUGGGCAGGAACGCCAUCCGGCAGAUCGAGGUUGGGGCUUUCAACGGGUUGGCCAGUCUCAAUACCUUGGAGCUCUUUGACAACUGGUUGACUGUCAUCCCCAGCGGGGCCUUCGAGUACCUGUCCAAGCUGAGGGAGCUGUGGUUGAGGAACAACCCCAUCGAGAGCAUCCCCUCGUACGCCUUCAACCGGGUGCCCUCCCUCAUGCGCCUGGACCUGGGUGAGCUCAAGAAGCUGGAGUACAUCUCCGAGGGGGCUUUCGAGGGCUUGUACAACCUCAAGUACCUAAACCUGGGGAUGUGCAACAUCAAGGAUAUGCCCAACCUGACACCCUUGGUGGGGCUGGAGGAGCUGGAGAUGUCGGGCAAUAACUUCCCCGAGAUCAAACCGGGCUCCUUCCAUGGACUCAAGUCCCUCAAAAAGCUCUGGAUUAUGAACUCGCAGAUCAACCUGAUCGAGCGCAACGCCUUCGACGACCUGACGGCGCUGGUGGAGCUCAACCUGGCCCACAACAACCUCUCCUCCCUGCCCCACGACCUCUUCGCCCCCCUGCGGUACCUGGUGGAGCUUCACCUUCACCACAACCCUUGGGACUGCGACUGCGACAUCCUCUGGCUGUCGUGGUGGUUGAGGGAGUACAUCCCCACCAACUCGACGUGCUGUGGGCGCUGCCAUGCCCCGCUCCACAUGCGGGGCCGGUUCCUGGUGGAGGUGGACCAAACCUCCUUCCAGUGCUCAGCGCCCUUCAUCAUGGACGCGCCCAUGGACCUCAACAUCUCCGAGGGGCGGGUGGCCGAGCUCAAGUGCCGAACUCCUUCCAUGUCCUCCGUUAGGUGGUUGCUGCCUAACGGGACAGUGCUGAGCCACGCGUCCAACCACCCGCGGAUCUCUGUCCUCAACGACGGCACCUUGAACUUCUCCCACGUGCUGCUGACGGACACCGGGGUUUACACCUGCAUGGUGACCAACGUGGCGGGGAACUCCAAUGCCUCGGCCUACCUCAACGUGAGCACGGCCGAGCUCAACACCUCCAACUACAGCUUCUUCACCACCGUCACGGUGGAGACCACCGAGAUCUCCCCGGAGGACAUCUCCCCUAAGUUCACCAAGCCCGUCCCCACCACGUCAACGGGUUACCAACCGGCGUACACCACCACCACCACCGUCCUGGUGCAGACCACGCGCCCGCCCAAGCAGGUGGCCAUCCCCACCGCCGACGCGGGCGACAAGACGCAGACCAGCUUGGACGAGGUGAUGAAGACCACCAAGAUCAUCAUUGGCUGCUUCGUGGCGGUGACGCUCUUGGCCGCGGCCAUGCUCAUCGUCUUCUACAAGCUCCGCAAGCGGCACCAGCAGCGCAGCACCGUGUCGGCCGCGCGCACCGUGGAGAUCAUCCAGGUAGACGAGGACAUCCCGGCCGCCACCACUGCCACCACCGCCACCAUGGUGACCACCACCACUGCCGGCGUUGCAGGUGAGGGGGCCGUGGUGCUGCCCGCUGUUCAUGACCACAUGAACUACAACACCUACAAAGCACCGCACGGGGCCCAUUGGACCGAGAACAACUUGGGCAACUCCUUGCACCCCCCCGGGAGCACCCUUAUGGAACCCUAUAUCAUCCAAACCCACCCCAAGGACAAAGUCCAGGAGACCCAGAUAUGA